CGGACAUUGCAAUCGAAACCGGUUCGAGCGAACUCGGUUCGAGAGGAAAGGAAAGGAAAGGAACGGAUAUGAGAUCCCAUCACGCAAAGUAUUGGUGGAUCGCGGUGGUGCUAGCUCUGGCGGUGGCAGCCAUCGGCCGCGAGCGGAACCAGCUCGGUGUGUUGCUGGCACUCUCCACAAUGGACACUCCGAAAUUGACUGUGUCUGUCUCUAGCAGCACCAACAACAGCAGCACCAACAACACCGUCAACAGCAGCACCAACAACACCGUCAACAGCAGCACCAACAACAGUAGCACCAACAACACCGUCAACAACCGCACAAACAGCGGCCUUGAUGCUAUUCUCGACACACCCGUUCCCAUUUCUAACAGCAGCACAGACCAAAACACACGCAGUGGCGACACUGAAACCGAAACAGAAACGGAAACGGAAACCGUCCCUCCCAAAAAAACACCGCAGCCGAAGGAACAGCAGCCGCUCUUCUUCCCGAUUCGAACGAAACCGGUCGGCAACCAGAGUUUGGAGGGCUACGGGUCGGAAGCCACUGCCAACGGCACCGAAACAAUCCCCGUCACCUUUCUGGUCUUGCUCAGCGGCGAGUUUGCGAACAACCUGUUCAAGAUCGUCUACGGCUKGGGGGUCGCCAAGAUGGCCGCGGAGGAGUUCGGGAUCGCUUCCCGGCUGGUCUUYGCCAUGCAGGUCGAUCGCCGSAACCGCGUCAGGGAAAAGGCCACCAGGACGGCCCGCCAGCUGCUCCGGUGCCUCCCAUACUUUCGGGGGAUCGACCUCGGUCUGGGCAACAAACUGCUGAACGAGGGAUACUUCGACGAGAUCGACGCCAAGGCGACGGGGGUCCCGGGCUUUGGCCUCGACAAAUAUCUAAGCCUGGAGACCAGCCGGAAGCACCUGCGCGUCCUGGCUGACUACCUAAGGGGCCUCGGGAGGGACGCGGUUCGCAGCGAAAGCACCGAUACCAACACCACGUCCAGCCACAAAGACCACCACCGCGUCCCGGUCCCCAUGGUCCGCCUCGACGACAUGUUCAGUGGGUACCUGGACCUCUACUACGACGAGGUGGUCCGGACCCUCCUCGCCUUUGACGACGAAGCGUGCUGCGGGUCGACGCUGGAGGCCCCCCCGGGGCCCGACGAAUCCGUCCUGCACUACCGGAACUUUGGCACCGAGUUUGCCAGACCGGACCGCCGCCGGAAAAUGGGCUUCGAGGAGCUCCCCGGGGACCGGAUCGCGAACGAGCUCUUUGCCAACCUGGAGAGCGGGGGGAAGCUGGCCCUGGCCGGCCGGAACCUGGCGAAGGACUCGCUCAAAAACAACACCGGUGCCCACGGGCUGGUGGAAGCACUAAGGGCCCGGAACCUGACGGUCCGCUUCUCCCCGGGCACCGAUCCCUCCCCGACCGCCYCCGGCGACCCUGCCAUGGAAGACUUUUGCUUCCUCAAAAAGGCCCGCAAGGAGCUGGUCGGCUUUGCCAAGUCGACCUACGUGGCCAUGGCGUCCGCCCUCGGGGGGCCCUCGAUCGCCACAACCCGGCUCUACACCUACACGGCCUCGGACGGGUCCACCGGAGCCCAGCCGCGCCAUGCCUAUCAACACCCCGAGCUGGCGGCGAGGAUCCAAUACGAGGACUACUACUUUGAUCCGAAGGAUCGUCCGGCGUAGCACCCAAAAACACCGAACCGAACGGAACGAGCAAGAAAGCAAGCAGGCAAGC